GCUUCGGGGAGACUCCGUUGCGCCCGUAAUGGCUUUAUGAUUGGUUACAGGCAUUUCCGUAACGACCUCGGGAUUGGUCCCGAGGACGCUCGGCUGUUUCCGUGAGGGCCUCGGGCUGGGGUCUAACGAAUGCGUCGGGCUCUUCGGCUGGGUAUUCACUGAAGGCGUUUACGGCCAUUCCGCAACGUAGGGCGGCGACAGGCAUAGGCGGCUGCGCGGCUUUGGCGCACACACAGAGCGCAGCAGCAGGAGCCCGGCACGCAGCGGAGGCAGCAGCGGGGACAAAGGGACUGAUCGGCACAAACAGGGAGGGGGGCCUGGCAGGAGGCAGCCAGCCCCGGGAGGGAGCGGCAGGAGGCUUCAGCCGGGCGGGCGAGUCCCAUGUGCCUUGGGCGCCCGGGGAAGCAGCACUAACCGCCGCCGUCAGCGCUCUGAAGCCGGCUGAGGAGGAACCGCGGAGCCGUCGCCGUCGUCAUGGCCUGCGCCACCGCCGCCGGCCGCGUCCCGCAGUGCAGCGUCCCCAGCCUGAUCCGCCGCCAGCUGCCCCUGCGGGCGCAAUGAGGAGCCCCACCGGAGCCGCCGCCUCAGCGCCGCACUGAGAAGCCUUCGUGAGCGAGCGAGGCCGCCCGGGCCGCUUCACCCCUGCUCCGCCCGCCGCGGAUCCCGCCGCCACUGCCGGAUCCCCUUGCGAGCGGUCGCAUCGCCUCCAGUCGGCGGAGAUCCCUCCGCCGUCGGAGAAAAAAUAGUCCCUUUCCCUGCCGCCUCCCUCAGAGGCGAGGUGAAGGAAAGGCGAGGGGAGGGGGGGAAGAGGAGGAAGGAAAAGAAGGGAAAGAAAAAAGCGGAAAAGGGGAUAAAAAACCCAAGAGACGCAGCGGCGGGAUCAGAGGAGCCGGGCCGUGAGCCGCCGCCCCAUGUGACUGGCGCCCGGGGUGGGGGCAGCGAGGCCUAGCCAACCCCCCUCGCUCGCGGCCGGGAGCGGGAGCGGCGCCGGCCCGGGGGGGCUGCGGACUGGGCGGAGGCAGCUCUCGGACCCACCGGCGCUGCCGGGAAGGAUGGUUUUGUGAGGAACGGGCGGCGUGAGGAAGAAGAGGAACACGAAGGAGAAGCAGCAGCCGCCGCCGAGCGCUACAGAGACCGCGAGGGGAGGGGGCUUCCCCGGGGGGGGGGGAAGGGGGGACCCCGGCAUUUCAUGUGGCGCGUCCCGCCCGUCUCCUCCAGCUGAGCGAGCGAGGGAGCGGCAGACGGGCCCGCCGGGGCGAGGCGGAGGAGUGGGAAAGGCAGGAAGAGAGCGGUGAUCGGGGCACAGUAGGAGCGGGGGAACCAUGUCCGGGCGGCCCAGGACCACCUCCUUCGCGGAGAGCUGCAAGCCGGUGCAGCAGCCCUCGGCCUUCGGCAGCAUGAAAGUUAGCCGAGACAAAGAUGGCAGCAAAGUGACUACAGUAGUGGCAACUCCUGGACAAGGUCCGGACCGACCACAAGAAGUUAGCUACACAGACACCAAGGUUAUCGGAAAUGGAUCUUUUGGUGUUGUGUAUCAAGCCAAACUCUGUGAUUCAGGAGAGCUUGUGGCCAUUAAGAAAGUCCUGCAGGAUAAAAGAUUUAAGAACAGAGAGCUCCAGAUUAUGAGAAAGUUGGAUCAUUGUAACAUUGUCCGAUUGCGUUAUUUCUUCUACUCUAGUGGAGAGAAGAAAGAUGAGGUGUACCUCAACCUGGUGCUGGACUAUGUUCCUGAAACAGUAUACAGAGUUGCCAGACAUUAUAGUCGGGCCAAACAGACACUCCCUAUGAUUUACGUCAAGUUAUACAUGUAUCAGCUGUUCCGGAGUUUAGCCUAUAUCCACUCCUUUGGGAUCUGCCACCGGGAUAUAAAACCACAGAACCUCUUGCUGGACCCUGAUACAGCUGUUCUAAAACUCUGCGACUUCGGAAGUGCAAAACAGCUGGUUCGUGGAGAACCUAAUGUCUCAUACAUCUGCUCUCGGUACUACAGGGCACCAGAGUUGAUCUUUGGAGCCACCGAUUAUACCUCCAGUAUAGAUGUGUGGUCAGCAGGCUGUGUAUUGGCUGAACUGUUACUAGGACAACCAAUCUUUCCAGGUGACAGUGGUGUGGAUCAGUUGGUGGAAAUAAUCAAGGUUCUGGGAACGCCUACAAGGGAGCAAAUUAGAGAAAUGAAUCCGAACUAUACUGAAUUCAAAUUCCCUCAGAUUAAGGCACAUCCAUGGACUAAGGACUCGUCAGGAACAGGACAUUUCACCUCAGGAGUACGGGUCUUCCGGCCCCGCACUCCACCAGAAGCAAUCGCGCUAUGUAGCCGUCUGUUGGAGUACACCCCCACUGCCCGCCUGACUCCCCUGGAGGCCUGUGCGCACUCUUUCUUCGAUGAACUACGGGACCCAAAUGUCAAGUUACCAAAUGGGCGAGAGAAACCUGCACUCUUCAAUUUCACCACUCAAGAACUGUCAAGUAACCCAUCUCUGGCUUCGAUCCUCAUCCCUGCUCAUGCAAGGAACCAAGCAGCUGCUUCAACCCCUACAAACGCUACAGCGGCCUCAGAUGUUAACGCAGGAGAACGAGUUCAGACCAAUAGCGUAGCUACAGCAUCAGCCUCCAACUCCACCUGAACCAGUACCAAGCAGCCAGCUGCACAGGAAAGAUCACCAGUAAUUUUGAGUCUUGCUCAGCAGCACUGGUCUCAUUUGGAAAGAAAAUUAAAAAAGAGGAGAGAAAAAAAAAACCCAAAAAAAAAAAAAAAAGGAAAGAAAACAAAAAAAAAAAAGGAAAAAACCAACCAACCAAGCAACCUGUUCAUUUUAGUGUUCAAUUUUUUAUUAUUAUUAUUGUUGUUCUUAUUUAACCUUGUAAAAUAUCUAUAAAUACAAACCAGUUUCAUUGUAUUCUCACUCUGCAGGGUGUCCGGGGCAGGGGACUUAGGUGGGGGGGGAGGAGGGAAAGCGGAGCAAUACAACACACCAAUGUCUCUCCCCUCGACAAUCUCUUCAUGUUGGAAGUUUGCUGUUGUGUACUUCAGAACCAGGACUCUUGCCUCAUGCCCUCUCCCACAACAGAAAGAAGGAAAACAAAAAAAAAAACAAAAAAGGAAAAAAAAAAACACCAAAACAAAAAAAAAACCCAAACCUCAUUCUCUGCUGAAAUUUUCUUUUUUUUUUUUCUUUUUUUUUCUUUUUUUUUUUUUAACCUCUUUUUUUUUUUUCUUUUUAAGUGAAGUUUUGGACUUCGAUGUAGUUACACAGCUUGAAUUUGGUCGGGAGCUUAGCAGGGGUCAUUCGGCAGAGCUCAGCCUUUCUUGUCAGCCAAUCCAUUCUCCCAGGUUGUCUGAAGAACUGCCCCGGCUCGGGAUGGGGAGCGGGCAACGUGGUAGGGAAAUAGGUUGCCAUAGGGUGGGGGGGGUGGGAGGGUUUGCUGUGUAUCGAAGGCUUGACCCGCUAGUGGAAGCCUUUCAUUGUAAAAACCAGUGCUAGCAGUGAGGAAACCUGCAGCUUCAGUAAGGGAAAAGUCUACCCCCGUGGGUAUGUAUAAUAUAAUACACACACAUGCACGACCGCAGGCCGUUAGCGUUUGGAAGCAGCUCCUUUGCCCCGCUGGAGCUCCUGCCCCGUGUCGUGAGCCGGUGCCGGCACCCAGUCAGCUCCCAUCUUCAGCAGAGAAGAGCGGACGAACAAAUCCCUCGGCCUGACUGGGGGUGUUUAAGGGACUCUUUGGGAAGUGGCCGCUGCGAAAGUGGGUUUGGUUUCGGGGUUUAUUUCAGUUCCUCUUCUCUUCUCCCCCGCUUUCCCCGGCUCUCGGUUUGAACAGGCUGCCCUUUCCCGAGGUGCGCCCAGGAGGAGGACACCAGGGUUUAUAAUGUGAACUGUUAACAGUCUACUGGUUUCUUUUGUAAUACCUUCCUUUUUUAACGGCAGUUUUAACUCGCAGGAUGCCACGUUCUCUGAUAGCUCUGAUUUUAAAUCCACAGCUAGAACCUGUAUUUAAUUUCACCUUUUUUAACCUCUCGCUUCUUCUUCUUUUUUGAUCUCUAUUUAUUGAUGCGUGUUGCCACGUUGCCAUUAUGGUUUUACAUUUGGUAGAAUAUUAAAAUACACAUCCAAGUGCUCUCGACAGUAAUAUGUACCUGCUGACUUGUAGGAAAGCUGGCUAUAUAUGAGUGUGUGUGUAUAUAUAUUAUAUAAAUAUAUACAUGUAUACAUAGAUACAACACUGCUUUUUCUAUUUUGUCUACGAUCUCGAAACAGUCUGCCCGGAGCGCGAGGUGAAUGCUUGUUCUAGUCCAUCUGGUCAGGGCCCGGGUUUCCUCCCUGCAGCGGCGCGUGGCGCGAGCAUCCACAUCUCUCUUCCUGAAGUCAAAGCAAUAUUCCUCGGGAAAGGGUCAGGUGAGCGGCGGGACGCAGCCGCGGUGUGGAAACGGGACGUGCGGAGACCUAGGCUUGCGGUGGGUGUCCGCUCCCCCCCUUACCCCUUCCGGAGGAGCUGUAGUCCAUCAGCUCUGGUGCUUAGCAAGCUGUUCCAUCCGACCCGGGCAUCUCUUAGGCAAGCGGUUGCUUUUCGGGAGCAUGGGGGCUGUUGUGUGGCCCAGGGGCAGGCAGCAAUAGCAGCUUCGGCGUGCUCGGCUGUGACAGCAGAGCUUUUGCUCACGAGCUCAGUGCGUUUCUUCUUGUACCUUUUGAUGCUGUUGAUGUGGGAUUUGUUUUGUGGCCACUCUUAGCAGCCCUGGAGCUGGGAACAGGCCUGCCCUCUCCCUCCCGCCUGGCACCCAGCACGAGUCUGGGGAGGCAGGAGCUGCUUCAAGAGGUGAGUGACCACCUUCGUGUUGUGUUUGCUGUCGGGCACACACAGGCGCGCACACACAGAGAAAAGGGGGUUUUAAAGCUUUUUAGCUGUUGUUAAAUCCCGGUUGGCUGCAUCGGAAAGCACACCCGCAUUUAGAAACAGGCAGCUUUCCAAAUCCUUCCCUGCAGCUGAAGAGGAAGGGCUGAAGAGCAUCUGAACGCGAGAGCUCAGCUAGUCAGUGUCCCAAAAGGUAAGUGGAAGGGUUUGGCUGACCCAGUGAUCCAGAUAGAUGCGGGAGGCUCCAAAAGCAGGGCAGCAGCAGGGGACGGAUCCAUUCUGUGGGCUGACACUGCUGAGGCAUUGGCCACAGGCAUUGUCAUGUUAAGGUAGUGAAUUACACAGUGCUUAAAAGCAGGAAUACAGAGAAUGAAGAGAAGGUGCUGCUUGUGCCAGGAAUUGUGGCUGCUCUUCCCUUUCCUACCCUUCCGCCUUCCAGUUGAAGGCUGGUGAAGGGGAGCGCAGAGCUUUCCUCUCUGGCUUUGUGACCGUGUUGGCGUCUGUGUGUGUCAUGUAUGUGUGUGUGUGCGUGUGUGUGUGUUAGGCUGGGGAGGGUCGGGGUGCCCCUCUGGUUUUAGUUCUUGUUUUCAAGGAUCAUGGCAGGAUCUCACACUCUUUUAUACAUCAGAUCCAGGUCUUUGAACAACCGUUUUUGUAAAUAAUGAGACAGAAAAAAAAGAAAAAAAAAGGAAAAAAACCCCAACAAAAAACCUCCCCCAAAAGCUCCUCACCAAAUUCAAGCGUGUACAUCCGUGCUAUUGGUUGUUGUUUGAGUUUUAUUGUUUUGUAUGUAAAUAUGUGGACCCAGGAACUGUUAUUAAUGAGCAAAAAGUUACCGUUCAGGGCAGUGAUUCUGUUUAAUAAUCAGACAAAAUGUAGACGAGCUUUUUAAAGCCAUAUAGUUUUAACUCUGUACAGUAGGUACCGGCCUGUAUUAUUGUAACAAUAACUCUAGCGAUGUAUAGUGUAUCUAUAUAGUUUGGAGUGCCUUCGCUUCCAUGAUUUUUUGAAUUUUAUUUCCCUUUUUUUUCCCCCCCUCCCCUCCUUUAUCAAUGAUGUCUCUCCCCUUCCUCCCUCCCCAAACCCGCAUCUUUGCUCCCCCCCUCUGCUUUCUAACUCUUUGAGUGCUGUAAGGUUUCGGUGAUACCCUGAUCAGUAGCAGAAUGAGAGGAAACCGUCUCCACCAUCAUCCAUUUCAUGGGAGCUGUGGCUUUGGGGAUGUCUCCAAGUUGCCCACCCUGCCCUCUCCUCCUCCCGCUGGCAGCCACCUGUUCCCUUCGGACACUUGCCCCAGAGCUCAUUUAGACUUUGCUCAUCAAUCCCCCCCAGUCCUGCAGCUUCCAGGAGGCCCGGCCUUCCCACCCUCCCUGCGGCUGUGCCGGGGGCAGUGGCCGGGCCCCCAGGGAGGGAACCCCUUGCAUCCCGCAGGGAUGCUCUGCUCGGAGCCCCUCGGCCGCUGAGGAGCAGGGGCAUCGCUGUAGGAGACCGUGGUGGUUUCUUCUGCCCGGGGCACUUUCCGUUCCCUUCCUUCUCCUUGUUUUCCCUGCCGCCCCUCCCCAAAGUCACUUUUUGUUUUCUUGAGAUAAGUUGAACAUGACUCUUGAUUUCUUGUGCCCAGCACGAAGGCCUUGUUUCUAAAACUAGUUUGCUUGUGUUCUACUACCUUGUUAGUAUUCCACAUAAGAUUGUCUUGAAUGGGAAAACACUUAACUCUUUACCAAACCAAAGGUUGCUGUUUUAUUUCGAAGCAUCUCGUGUUCAUUCCAGUGAAGCAGAGGCUGCACUUUCUUUCUGGUGACACGAAGGUCAGUGAUGCCAAGCUGUUGAUGACAGUCUGCUCAGAGCUGUCCCUCUCUUCUGUUAUUCUCUUUCGGGCUUGUUUUUUAACCCAGUCUGGUCUUGAUCUGCCCUUUACAUCAGCCUUGCUGUGGUGUGGGUCUCUGAGCCGGACUCGAUCGCAGUCUGUCCGCCCCAAUGGCUGCCUGAUCGAGACGCUGGUGUUCUUUCACCUUACAUUUACCUACCUUGCUAGGGAAAGGCAACAACAAAAAGACCUUCAAAAGAAAAUUGGCUGGUAGAAGAUCCCCAACACUUUGUCCUCUGAUUUCGAAGCCAAGCUUUACCUAAAAUAACGGCAGGCGCCUGUAACUUGCAACUUAAAAUCCCCCCCACACACCCCCGGUUUUCAGUACUUGGAACAGUAGAAUCCAAGCAGCCUGUCAGACACGUGCUCCUGUACUGGGAACCUCAGCCACCGCAGAGGAAAAGGAAAAGCACAGUGAGGGUGUUCGGUCCGGGCUCUGCCUGUGGGGCACAGCCAGCGAGUACCCCGGGGUGGCAGCUCACUUCCACGGGGCUCUCGGCCGCUUCUGGUCGUAGUUGGCUUCGUUUUGCAACACUGCAAUAACAGCAAAACGGACAGGAAAGGAAAACAGUACCUAAGGGGUUAGCUCGAGAAAAGUAGCUUCCUUGUGUUGGUCUUUCUCCAUUUAUUUUUAAUAUAUAUAUAUAAAAUAUAUUUAUAUAUAUAUAAUUUGCUUGCCUGUAAAAUUUGCGUUCAUUAACGUGUUGCUGAUGGAUCACUUGGGCCUGUACACACCAAUUAGCGUGACCACUUCCAUCUUCAAAAACGGAAAUCUAAACAAAUAUAUAUAUAUAUUAAGGACUGUGGGUUGUAUACAAACUAUUGCAUACACUUGUGCAAAUCUGUCUUGAUUUAAAGGAGAAGCAAAACCUGUAUAACAUUAUUACUACUUGAAUGCCUCUGUGACUGAUUUUAUUUUAUUUUUUUUCUUUUUUUUUAUUUUUUUUUCAGUUGAAAUAUAAACUUUUUUUUUUUUUUUUCUUUGUGGAAACUAUGCUCAAUGUUUUAUUAUUUCCCCUGCCCCUUACUCCCCCUUGUAAAUACGUUUUGUUCUGUGUGACUCGGUUCGGAACUAGUUACCUGGUACUGUAAUUUGCAUUAAAUAAAACGUAGGUUAGCCUGGAAAUGAAAUUUAAACAAUA